AUACUAAUACGAAAAUUUCCCUAACUUGAUUUCAUUUGAAAGGAAGGGAGACGGAAUUCAUUUUUUGAGACAGUAUUAUCUCCUUCGAAAGAGAACCAGAGCGGCGACAGUUCUCAGCUCGGUAACCUUUUCCAGCUCCGACGUAUCGUCUCCCUUCUCCGAAUUAUUCAUCUUCUUUCUGAAGCGGUGAAUCCAGCGGCGGAGAACAACCCUCAUUUGACACUGUUCAUCUUCCACCUCUGGGCCUUUUCCACUCCCUUCAUCGGAUUCCUCUCCCUCUCUUUUAUUCUAUUUCUCUCUCUCUCCCAUCUGCUUCUUGCUCCUCUUCCUUUUUUUUUUCUUUUACUUUUUGAAUCCCCAAAAAUGUUGUUCAUCAUUUUCCUCUCGACCCACGAACUAGCAGCAGCUAAAAUCACCAUCUGACCGAAAUCCACUGAUCGCCUCCUUCUUUUACCUCUCGACACCGAACCAGCGGUGGCGAUCGUCUCAAUCCUCCUCUCGUUAGAUCCGACACGAUCUCCGUCCGCUGUUGUAGCGAACCCAGGCCAAAACAGAAUCAGGUCGGUUCUUAAGACACUGAGUUGAACUAUGGUUUUGAAAAGCGAACAAUUUCACCCUAAAACAACUGUCCCUGGCCAAAAACCAUUAAUUUGCUCAAUAAUCCGCGGAUGAUCGGAUCGUUUGACUGAACCGAUGGCCAAAACGGUUCCUUGUCUGAUCCGAUUUUUAAAACCUUGGUCUAAACCAUGCUUACCAGCUUCAGGACAUAAGAUAACACCCGCGCGCGGGGAAAGCUGCGCGCGAACCCUUUCUAUGCUCUUCGUCUCUAUCUCUGAUGUUUAAACCCUUUCUAUGCUCUUCGUCUCUCUCCCUCCGUUUUUUCUCUAUUCGAUCACAUUUCUCACCUUUUCCACUCCUUCUUCCCUUCUUCCCUUCUUCCCUUCUUCCUUGCUCUCCAGCCGUUGGUUCUCUGUUCAUCAUCCCCACCGGUGAGAGCGGAAGAGUUGCAGCAGCAGUACAUCGUUUACUCUCAUUGACUCCAGCAUAGGCCUAACCCUUAUUCUCAGUGAAACUCGAGCCUGGAAACUCGCUUUCCUUCAGAAAAUCCUCCCAGACUGUGAUCUCCCCUGCCGCAGCGAACGAGUUCAGGUCCAUAUUCGAUACAGGAUAGAGCAUUGAGAUUAAAGAAAGAUGCCACACAGAACACGUCCUAUGGCAUCACUCUUGGUGUUUAUGGGGGUCAAUGUGAUCUUGGUGUCAACCAUUACUCCAGUGUAUGAUUUCGUCUGCUUCCAUCCAUAUUGGGAAAGGAGGAGAGAACGCCGUCGCAAGGAACGUGAAAGCUCUCAAUCAGCGUAAAGAGUAUGCAUGCCAAGCAAGCACAGAACACUACAGUGGUAUACCUACUUUUUAGUCCAAUCCUGGUAUGGUCUUUGAAGUUGUCAUUUCAAGGUUUUUAUGAUCAUAGCCAUAUCUAUUAAUUUAUGUAAAGAUGGAAAGCCAUAUUUAAAUUUUAAUUCACUUCAUUUAGAUUUUCUUUUUUUUUUUUUAAAUAAUGAGACAGCUUCAUACCAUUGAUAGUUAAAGAUUACAUGAGAGGUUCGGCUAGAGUCAAAGUGAGCAGUUACUCUAGCUUUACAUGCUUAGUCAGAA